CCUUGGUGCGGCCCGCCGAGCAGAGCAUGCCGGGAGAUGCAGUUCUGAGUUCGGUUGCUAUGGCGUUUUCUACAGCCUCGGGGAGUCCAGGAGUGACGGGCGGCCUGACCAAUGGAAGCAGCGUCUGGGCCAGAGGGGGUGGGCUCUCUGCAAGAGGAUUCGAAGGUGGCGGUGGCGAAGGCGCAGGCCGUUGGGGCCUGUUGGAGGCAGGUGACUAUGAAAGGCUUAUAUUUUCAACAGAGUUCUACAAAUGAAGAAAUAACAUUUGUAUUUCAAGAAAGAGAAAAUCUUCCUGUUACAGAGGAUAACUAUGUGAAACUUCAAGUUAAAGCUUGUGGUCUGAGCCAGAUAAAUACAAAGCUUCUGGCAGAAAUGAAGAUGGAGAAGGAUUUCUUUCCUGUUGGGAGAGAAAUUGCUGGAAUUGUGUUAGAUGUUGGAAGCAAGGUAUCAUUCUUUCAACCAGAUGAUGAAGUAGUUGGAAUUUUACCCCUGGACUCUGAGGACCCUGGACUUUGUGAAGUCGUUAGAGUACAUGAGCAUUACUUGGUUCACAAACCAGAAAAAGUUACGUGGACAGAAGCUGCUGGAACCAUUCGGGAUGGAGUACGAGCCUAUACAGCUCUACAUUAUCUUUCUCAUCUCUCUCCUGAAAAAUCAGUGCUGAUCAUGGAUGGAGCAAGUGCCCUUGGUACGAUAGCUAUUCAGUUAGCUCACCACAGAGGAGCCAAAGUCAUUUCAACAGCAUGCAGCCUCGAAGACAAGCAGUACCUUGAAAGACUUAGGCCUGCUAUAGCCCGAGUGAUCGAUAUAUCUAAUGGGAAAGCGCAUGUUGCUGAAAGUUGCUUAGAAGAAACAGGUGGCCUAGGAGUGGAUAUUGUCCUAGAUGCUGGAGUGAGAUUAUUUGGUAAAGAUGAUGAACCAGCGGUAAAACUACAGCUACUGCCACAUAAACAUGAUAUCAUCACACUACUUGGUGUUGGAGGCCAUUGGGUAACAACAGAAGAAAACCUGCAGUUGGAUCCUCCAGAUAGCCAUUGCCUUUUCCUCAAGGGAGCAACGGUGGCUUUCCUAAAUGAUGAAGUUUGGAAUUUGUCAAAUGUACAACAGGGAAAAUAUCUUUGUAUCUUAAAAGAUGUGAUGGAGAAGUUAUCAACUGGUGUUUUUAGGCCUCAGUUGGAUGAACCCAUUCCACUAUAUGAGGCGAAAGUUUCCAUGGAAGUUGUUCAGAAAAAUCAAGGAAGAAAAAAGCAAGUUGUUCAAUUUUAAUUUUAUUUCGCAAACCUCACUUGGAUGAACCCAUUCCAGUAUGUGAGGCCAGAGUUUCCUUGGAAAUUGUACAGAAAAGUCAAGGAAGAUAAAAGCAAGUUGUUCCAUUUUUAAACAUGUUUUUCUGCUGAGACAAGAUGCUCAGAGUUAUUUGAAGUAUUUAAAAAGUUAUUGUACGAACGGUCAAGACAGUUGUUAUUAAUAUGUGAAGGGAAUAUUCUAAGGGCCUUUUUAGUUAUUGUUUCUAUGUAUUUGUCUCUGUUAUAACAUUGUUUCCAUGAAGAAACUGCUUUCAGCAGAAGCUACGCUACUGUUGAUAAAGCUGAGUCGUUUACUGUGUCAAAAUAACGUUAUUACUUUUGUAUCAACUCCAUUCUCAACACAUUCCUUCCUUAACAAGUCUUUGCUGUCAUAAUUUAAUCAUUUGAGUAUAUUUUCAAGCCUCAAUGGAUCGAGCCCAUAGACACUUAAAUUUUUCCAAGUAUUCAUUCACUCCAGGGUUCCCCGAGGAUCCAACAGGAGCAUCACAGAAACUCGCCCGUGGGGCCGCACCGUGUGCGUGGAGGGCUGCAGUGGCGAUGCCGGGAGGGGGGACGGGGGCUGCCCUUGCAUAGCCAGCGUGCUGAUUUCCUGCCAGGGUUCUCGAUUUGCGGGAAGGGGGAGGAGAGCCAGGCCCCUCUCGCCAGCUCUGGACGUCGCCACUGUCGUCUGUCAGCUUUUCGAAGCAGCAGCUCAAGUGUGACAUUUCCUUUCCAUCCAGGCAGCGUGCCCGGGCUCAUCGCACCCCUAAUGCGGAUUUAAAUCGCGGUCAGCUAUUUCGGUGUUCAACAGGGGACUGCAGACCGGUGCCCUGGACCCCCUGCUUCCCAGGCGCUUGGUACCCGGCGACCCAACU